UAUGACGCAAUAACUCAUCACAAUGGUUUCGUUCUCACUCGUAUGAUAAGCUAUUGCGUUACGUACUGGACGGGGUGUUGGUCCCGGUAGUUUCUUUUUUCUUUUGGUGAAUUUAGGUAAAGUUAGGCGUCUUUUAUAUAUUCAAGUGAUGGCUUUGAAUAGGUUUUAGUCUGAAAGUGACGGCGUUGAGCGUAUUUGCACUGCCAAGUGAAAGCCCAAGUUUGGGUUCCAUUUUGCUUAUUUCACUACCGUGCUACUUCUGUACUUUAUAUCACAUCUUACUUUGUCACAUUCAAAGAACUGAGCUUUAUAUACGUACUAACCAUAAAUUACUUCGGUCGGAAGUGGACAAGAACUCAACCGUAUUACAAUAUUAAUAUUAACAGACAAAAUGCCUUCUUCACAUUUAUUAAACAAGACAGCCAGGUCUGAUUAUAUGGCUCUUGACAUCGGAGAAAGCUGCCAAGCAAUGUACAUAUGGAUUGAUGGUACCGGACAAACACUCAGAGUCAAAACAAAAACACUUCCCAGAGAACCAAUAUCUAUAGAAGAAAUCCCGGAAUGGAAUUUUGAUGGUUCAAGUACCGGACAAGCAGAAGGAUCAAACAGUGAUUGUUUUUUGAAACCUGUGGCAAUGUUUAGAGAUCCAUUCAGAGGAGAUCCUAAUAAAUUAAUUCUUUGUGAAGUUUUGAACUAUAAACAUGAACCAGUAGCUACAAAUCACAGGCAUUCAUGUCUGCAAGUAAUGGAAGAAGCAAAGAUUGCUCGACCUUGGUUUGGAAUUGAACAAGAAUACACAUUACUUGACGUUGAUGGACAUCCAUUUGGUUGGCCUAAACAGGGUUAUCCUGGCCCACAAGGACCUUAUUAUUGUGGAGUUGGCACUGGUCGAGUGUAUGGCCGAGAUGUUGUCGAAGCCCAUUAUCGAGCCUGUCUUUAUGCUGGCAUUAGGAUUUGUGGCACAAAUGCAGAAGUAAUGCCAGCACAAUGGGAAUAUCAGGUUGGAACUUGUGAAGGUGUUGAGAUGGGGGACCAUUUAAUAGUGUCUCGAUUUCUCCUUCAUCGUGUCUGUGAAGACUUCGGUAUCAUCGCUUCUUUUGACCCCAAACCAAUGCCAGGCGAUUGGAAUGGUGCAGGUUGCCAUACAAAUUACAGCACAGAAGAAAUGAGAAAUCCUGGUGGCAUAAGUGCAAUAAACAAGGCUGUUGAGAAAUUGAGUAAGAGACAUUUCUGGCAUAUAAAAAAAUAUGACCCAACUGGAGGCAAAGAUAAUGCCAGACGAUUAACAGGGAAUCAUGAGACUGCUUCUAUUUUUGACUUCUCUUCUGGUGUAGCCAACCGUGGUGCUUCGAUACGAAUACCUAGACAUGUUGGAGAGGAGAAAUGUGGUUACAUGGAAGACAGAAGACCUUCUUCUAACUGCGAUCCAUAUGUUGUUACUGAAGCCUUAGUGAGAACUACUGUACUCAAUGAAACAGGAGAGCUCGAAGAUUUCUGUAUCUAGUUUUGACAUUAUUUGAAUUCUACAUUCCUCUGCUGCUUUGUAUUGGUGUUAUGUAUACAUCUUUGUAAUCACCUAGUUCUGGACAUAUUCUAUAUAAAAAAUUUGUUUGCUUGUCUAUUUCUGAAAAAGUACGAUACCGGUACGAACUGCUAUUGUUUUAGCCUUUUCAGAUGCUGGUACCAUCUCUUAGAUAACGAAUUUGUACAUAGAUCCAUUACAGCCAUAUUGGUUUUUGCACGUUGAAGAUGCUUUCACAGGUGCAAUUUUAAUGCUUAAUAUUUCCCCAUUUUAGGCUAAUGUAUCAUCCCAUACUUUUUUUCUUGUGCGCUCAUCUUGCAACCGGUAGCUUUGCAUUAUAUUGUGAAAGGCCCCCUAUUAGGUUCUAUAUACUUCUUUUGCACACUUAUGCAAUGCUUGCAACCUAUUCAUAUUAUGAGGAUCACUGUUUUAAUGUUGUCCUUACUCAUUAUGAAAACUGUAGCGUAGAUGCAUUUCUGCUUUGAAAAUGAGUGGCCCAUUUUGUGAACUCACUAAAUAUGGUUACUAUAUUACUUAAGUAUAGGAUGUUACUUAUGUGUAAAUAUGUAUUCUUUAUGUGCCUCAAAUAAAAAUAAACGAUUUCUGCACCGCAAUAUA